GAACAAAAAGACUGCGCCGUAGAAGGCGUGCUGCUUGUCCGCAGAGGCCGAUUAGCGUGGCGAAAGAGCUGGUGGGGCUGACCCGGUGGAUGGCCCACCAUGAGUGGGAGGGCGCGCGCUCGCUGGUCCCGACACUGUUCCCUGCCACCGGCCGCGGUCUGAUGGCGCGCUCGGCGGUCCGGCCCGGCGCCACGCUCGUCUCUGUGCCGCGCCGCAUGCUCAUCACCUCGGCCACGGCGCUGGCGUCCGAGCUGGGGCCGCUGCUGCGCGCCGCCCGGCCGCCGCUCUCCGGUCAGCUGACGCUCACGCUGUUCCUGCUGCUGGAGCGGCGGCGCGGCGCCGACUCCGCCUGGCGGCCCUACCUGGACUCGCUGCCGGCCGCCUACACCACGCCCGCCUUCUGUCACUUCCGGCACGCCUGGUUCACGGUCAACACGCGCGCCGUGUUCUUAGAGCCGGAGCGCUCGCAGCCAGCGAUCGUCGAGGACACGUGCGCGCUGGCGCCGUUCCUCGACCUCUUCAACCACGCGCCGGACGCGACCAUGCGCUGUCGCCUCUCCCCCGGCGGCUGCUACGAGCUGGUCACUGAGGACGCGUUCGCGGCGCGCUCACAGGUCUUCAUCAACUACGGGCCGCACGACAGCCUGCGCCUGCUGCUCGAGUACGGCUUCGUGGUCCCGGACAACGAGCGGGACGCGGUUCCGCGCGCGCAGCCGGCGCCGAGCGACGCGCUGCGCGCCUGCACCGCCCUGCUGGACGAGUGGCGCCGCGUGCUGGCGUGUCAUGUGUGGGUGCUGGACUGCGCGACGUCGCGCGACGGCCGCCAGUGGACGACGUAUGGCACCCGGCUGGGCGAGACGGUCCGUCUGCAGGCGGACGAGCCGGAGAGUGACGAGGACCAGUGUGCUGCGGCGGAGCUCUCCGCUGAUGAACUGGCCGCCGAUCAACCGCGUGAAGACUGA